UUUUUUUUUUUUCUUUGGAAAUGACCUUACCACUACCUGAUCUUAUUGAAACUGCUUGUAGUCCUGCUCGAUAUGAAGCCGAUGUUGCACUUAAUCUCGAAAUAUGCGAAAGGAUCAAUAUCAAAGGUGGUGGUUUACCUCGAUUAGCAGCUAUGACUAUUGUACGCCUUGUCAACAGUAAAAGAAUCAAUCAAGCUAUGCUUGCCUUGACGUUACUUGACCAUUGUGUAAAGAACUGUGGAUAUCCUUUUCAUCUUCAAAUUGCCACCAAAGAAUUCUUGAAUGCUCUUGUACGAAAGUUUCCUGAACGUCCUCCAGCGAAUUAUUCUCCUUCUGUACCAAGAUUACAUGGAUCCUCUGAUGCAUCAUGGAAUCACUUUGACUAUGUUCCUCAACAACCAACUGGGGCUAAUCCGGUGAUGAGUCGUAUAUUAUAUCUAAUCAAGGAAUGGAAAGUGGGAUUGGCUGAACUGUCUCGUUACAAGAAUGACCUCAUCCAUAUCAAGGAUAUGUAUCGAUUGUUGCGCUACAAAGGUUAUCGUUUCCCUGAAAUCCGUGAAGCAUCUCUUUCGGCAUUAGCUCCACCAGAAACAUUACGAUCAGCUGAUGAAUUGGAAGAAGAAGAUCGUAUUGCACAAUCUGCUAAACUACAAGAAUUGAUUCGGCGGGGACGACCUCAAGACUUGGUGGAAGCCAAUAGAUUGAUGAAGAUUAUGUCAGGUUAUGAUCAACGAAGACAAACCAAUUACAAUGAUAUGUUUGCGGAAGAAUUACACAAGAUCGAAAAUAAGGCGACUUUGUUAUAUGAAAUGUUGGAGAAUGUGAAAGAAGGUGAAAUUGUCGAUGCUAAUGACAUGAUGAAGGAAUUACAAAGUGCUUGUGCCAGUGCUUUACCGAAAAUCUCAAAAAUGGUCAAAGAAGAAGAAGAUGAAGAUAAAAUAGAGGAUUUGCUACGUAUCAAUGAUAUUGUUAACAAUGUCAUUGCAAAAUACCAAGAUAUUCAAAAAGGUCUUUACAACACUCAUUAUGAAGUCAAUACCAGUGGUCAUGGAACCCCUCAACCAGUUGAAAAUCAAAGUAUUAGUCUAAUUGAUUUGGAUAAUGAUAACGAUAUUUCUACACCACCAGUUGAUGGAUCACCAGCUCAGCAAACAAAUGUGAUGGAUCAACUUUCAGAUUUAUUUGGGGAACAACUUAAUACGACGUCUACUUUACAACUUGGACCUGAAUCAAUGUUAUCUCAACCAUUCAAGCCCACACUAUCAUCCAAUAACUCUUCUCCAUCAACUCCACCUAUGGAUAUUAUAUCAAACACAACAGUGACACAAUCACCAACAGUAUCAUCACAGACAAAAGUACAAGAACAAGAAGAAGUGGCGUUGCUCGAUAAAAACGGAUUGUCGGUGAUUUUACAAGUUACCAAAGGUGACCCGAUAUGGAAAGUCAAAGCCCUGUUUUCCAACAAAUCAACAGCAGCAAUGGAAAACAUGACAUUACAUUUAGCAGCACCAAAGACUAUGCAAUUGAAACUAGAACCUCAAUCAAGUCAAACCAUACCACCAAAAUCGACCAAUAGUGUAUAUCAAAACAUCACAAUUACCAACAAACUGAAUCAGUCUCUACGUUUACGAUAUAAAGUGACUUAUUAUCAAUUGGAUGUACCAAUGGAAUUGACUGGGGAACUUUUACAUUAGUUGAUAAUCAAAAAAUUCAAUAGAUUUAGAUUAGAUAUUCCUUUUUAUUGUUUUGUUUGAUGGAAUAAAAUAUAAAAAAAAAGUGAUACAAAU